CGAAGCAUGCGCAGUGCCGGUCCCGCGGUCGCACGGAGACGGCCGCAUUGUUCCGUUACCUGGUAAGGCGGCCCGGUCGGAGGAUGCGGGAGGGUACGGCCGAGGCCGGGCAUUUGCAAGUGAAUUUUUGCAGAACUAAGUCGCAACACAAAUUUGAUGGUAUAACUUCAUUAAUCAGGACCUUGAUGUUACUAGCCUUUGAACGACUGAAGGGAUCAAAGGGUAUGGGAAGAAAACAAGAACAAUUGCCUCCCUGUAUCUCCCAGUUGUGCCUCUCUUCAUGUACUUUUGUGCAAACACUGACUGGCUUCAAAGUUGGGUUUUAAUGAUAAUCCAAGAGUUCACAUGGAUGAUUUGCAAUUAACGGAUUCACACCAGGCCUCAUCCAGGUCUGACUGGCAUUCUGUUUAUCGGAACUGAUUUAUCAAAGGGUCUUGAACAUGGAAGGAAAAAGCAGCGUUCAACACUGGGGGGAUACACACCAACUGUGUGUGUAAAAAAAAAAAUCUGCCAGCAUUUAUCUGAAAUGUCCAAACACCAGUGCAGUCACACAGGAGAGAGACUGUGGGAAUGCGGGGGUUGCGGGAAGGGAUUUCUUUACCCGUCCCAGCUGGAAACCCAUCAGCGCAGCCACACUGGGGACAGGCCAUUCACCUGCUCCGAUUGUGGGAAGAGGUUCACACAGUCGUCCGACCUUCUGACACAUCAGCGAGUUCACACGGGAGAGAGACCCUUCACUUGCUCCAUCUGUGGGAAGGGAUUCACUCAGUCAUCCAACCUGCUCACACACCAGCGAGUUCACACCGGAGAGAGACCAUUCACUUGCUCUCUGUGUGGUAAGGGGUUCACUUCGUCAUCCACUCUCCGGAUGCAUCAGCAAGUUCACACCGGGGAGAAACUGUUCAGCUGUUCGCUGUGUGGAAAGAGAUUCACUCAGUCGUCCUCCCUGCGGAGACAUCAGCGAGUUCACACCGGUGAGAAACCAUUCACUUGCUCCAUGUGUGGGACAGUAUUCACUCUCACAACUGACUUGCUGAGACACCAGCGAGUUCACACUGGAGAGAGACCAUUCACCUGCUCUGUGUGUGGCAAGGGAUUCAGUCAGGCAUCCAACCUGGUAACACACCAGCGCGUACACACUGGAGAGAGACCAUUCACUUGCUCUGAUUGUGGGAAAGCAUUCACUCAGUCAUCCAACCUGCUGAGACACCAACGAAUUCACAAAUAGCCACAAGUUGAAGGUUUUCUUUUCUCUUAUUCACACCAAGGACAGAACAUUGGUCUUUGGCAGUUAAAACAUGAAUAAAAUUGUAUAUCUGGA